UGAGAGGAGAGAGGCAUCCGAGGAGAUAGGUGGCGAUGUAGCUUAGCAUGCUAGCAAUGUAGCACAGUAAAAGAAGAGACAAACCAACUGAUGUUAUGGUGUUAAAAAAUAUUUAUACAGAAAAUAGAGACUCGGCUAAAGGGUAACACUAGCAUUUCGUGAUUUAUCCACGUUUCGAUCAGGAAUGGCUGUUGAACAGUUUGUCUCAAAGACACUUGAGCUUUUACAAGAGGAAAGGGAGGCUGAAAUAGAGGAGACCAGGAUAUGGCAGGAGAACAUCUCUCUCAAAGAUCUUCAAAAUAAAGGGGUUUGCCUGCUGAAGCUGCAGAUUGGAAGUCAAUCUACGGGCCUUUAUGGUCGCACAGUUGUCACCCUUCAGCCCAGGAAGCAUCUUGGUUUCUUAUCUCUGCCAAGCAACAGUUUUGGGCCAGGGGACAUAGUUGGCUUAUAUGACACAGGCGGAUGCUCUGCAGCAGCACAAAUCGGCACGGGAAUAGUGACAAGGGUCAGCCAGGCCUUUAUAAGUGUGGCAUUUGAUGAUUCAAAGGAUGGCCUCAGCUUUGAUGAUGAUGCUCUUUACAACCUCUUAAAGUUGGCAAAUGAUGUCACGUACAAACGAAUGAAACAGGCCCUGAAUGCAUUAAACGGAUACAGUAAUGGACCAGCUGGCAAUCUGAUAAGUGUUCUGUUUGGAGACACAAAACCUUCCUCUCAGUCACAGCCAAAUGAAGUAGAUUUUUUUAACCCCAACCUGGAUGACUCCCAGAGAGAUGCUGUGUCCUUUGCUCUGUCUCAGAGAGAGCUGGCUGUGAUUCAUGGACCACCAGGCACUGGCAAAACCACCACAGUGGUGGAGAUCAUCCUCCAGGCUGUCAAACAAGGUCAAAAGGUCCUGUGCUGUGCCCCUUCUAAUGUGGCUGUGGAUAACUUGGUUGAGAGGUUAGCUCAAUGCAAAGCAAAGGUCCUGAGACUGGGUCACCCUGCCAGGCUGCUGGAGUCCAUUCAGAAACACUCGCUCGACGCUGUCCUUGCUCAGAGUGAUAACGCAAACAUCAUCGCUGACAUUCGUAAAGACAUGGAUAAAGCUUUUAUGGGAAUGAAGAAGAUGCAUGAAAAAGGAGAACGAGGGAACCUCAGGAGAGAAAUAGGGGAGCUAAGAAAAGAACUGAAAACCAGGGAAGCAGCAGCCAUCACGCAGAUCCUAAAAAGUGCUGAUGUUGUUUUAUCAACCAAUACAGGCGCUUGUGCUGACGGCCCUCUAAAGUUCCUGCCGGCGGAACAUUUUGAUUGGGUGGUGAUAGACGAGUGCGCUCAGGCCUUGGAGAGCAGCUGCUGGAUUGCUCUUCUCAGAGCACGCAAGUGCAUUCUGGCUGGAGAUUACAAGCAGCUACCACCUACAAUCAAAUCACAAACGGCUGCGUCAAAAGGUCUGUCACUGAGCCUCAUGGAGAGACUGAUCCAGAUGUAUGGAGACUCUGUUGUCCGUAUGCUAACAGUUCAGUACCGCAUGAACAGCGCCAUCAUGGAGUGGGCCUCCAAAGAGAUGUACCAGGGGAGACUGACAGCUCACAGCUCUGUGAAGGGACACUUAUUAAAAGAUCUACCCAGAGUCUCAUGUGUGGAAGAAACAAGCACACCACUGCUUCUUAUCGACACGGCAGGCUGUGGUCUGAAUGAGAUGGAGGUCGCUGAUGAGCAAUCUAAGGGCAACCAAGGUGAGGUGGAUAUCGUUGAUCUGCACAUUAAGGCCCUGACUGAAGCUGGUUUAAAAGCUAAAGACAUCGCUGUUAUUGCGCCAUACAAUCUACAAGUGGAUCUGCUGCGUCAGAGAUUAUCUGCAAGACAUCCGGAGCUGGAGAUAAAGUCAGUGGAUGGAUUUCAGGGCAGAGAGAAAGAAGCUGUGGUGUUGUCUCUUGUUCGAUCCAACAGAAAAGGUGAAGUUGGAUUUCUUGCAGAGGACCGAAGGAUUAAUGUUGCUGUAACACGCGCAAGACGUCACAUUGCUGUGGUUUGUGACACCCAAACAGUCCAAAAUCAUCUCUUCCUAAAGUCCCUAAUUACCCACAUGACUGAGUUUGGUGAGGUCAGAACGGCAUUCGAGUACAUCCAGGACAUAGUGCCACAGAACUACACCCGUGACCAUAAAGACACAAAGCCCAACACAUCUUCCAGCAGCUCCAACACCAAACAGAAAGUUAAACAACCACCCCCCAGCAAAGGGAAACAAGGACAGAUGUCAAGUGAUAAAAAUACUGCUACAAAGAAGCAGACAGCAUCUUUUGAAACGGCACAGAGAGAGGAAGAGCAGAAGAAAAACAGACACGCUGAGAUCAGAGAGCAGGUGGAGAACUUUCUAAAGGAUUUGAAUCAAAAUGAACUCCAGUUUCCAUCAUCGUUUAACUCUCACGACCGCCUGCUGGUCCAUCAGAUUGCUGAGGAGCUGGGACUUGUACAUGAAAGUAAGGGUGAGGGGAAAGACCGGUGCAUCACUGUCUCCAGGCCAGUACAGUCAUCACCUGCUGAGGAGCAAAAUCAGGAAGCAGAAAACACCCAAGAAGAAGAAACAGUUCAAAAUCCCCAAACAGAGCUGCUGUCUCAACUUCCAUUAGACCUGAAAAGUUUACAUUUAGAGCGGAUGAAGAGGGAGCAGCAGAAAAGAGAAGAAAAUAGUCAACAAAAAAAGCAGCAGGGCAAUAUCCCAGCAGCUCAAAGCCAGUCAUCAAAGAAGCAAAAGUCAGCAAAAGGAAAGAGCCGAACAAAGGCGGGCGCAUGCGACAUUGCUACCGCUGCUGCUCCAGACGAUGACUUUGACGCGCUGAUCAAUGCUGUCAAGAAGGCCGACAGUGUGUGCAGUUUUGUGAAGUGUAAGGCGUCGGUGCUAACACUUGGACAGCUUUGCCUUUUCUGCAACAGGCAGUUUUGUCUGAGUCAUCAUAUACCAGAGGUCCAUGGCUGUGGAGAUAAAGCAAAGUCUCAUGCUCGGAUGAGAAUAAGUAAAGAAGGUGUUCUUUAUGCAGGGAGUGGCAAGAAAGACAAAUCAAUGGACCCCAAUAAGAAAGCCUAUCUGCAAAGGAAACUGGAUUCCAAGCUGAAAGAUAUGGCAUCACAGAGGAGACCGAAAACCAAAGAGGAUAGUUAGUGAUAACUAACAACCGUAUUAUUAAUGAGCUGAUCUGCAGACUUUGUUCUAAAAGUGAUUAAACAAUUUUAACGGCC